AUGGAGACCCAACAGCGCCCCCCGCAGCAGCAGUCUUCCAGUCAAGGAGAAAAACGUGACGGGCGCGAAAGCACAGCGAGGGGUCGGGGCCUGCUCUCGUGUGUCCAGUGCCGUAACCGUAAGCUUAGAUGCGAUCGCAAGCGGCCCAGGUGCGAUCGCUGUGUGGAACGGAAUGAGACGUGCACAUACCCGGAAACCCGGCAGCGGGGCCUCGGUCCACGCAAGACCGUGCAGGAUCUCGAGGAGCGGAUACAGGAGCUCGAGGGACUCCUUAGGGCUGCCAAUCUGAAUCUCGGAGCGGCACAAGAACCGGAACAGGACCCUAACCUGUCAUUCUUGCCCCCUCCAUCCUUGCCGCACGCGGAGCUUCAAUUUGUUGGAGGAGAGCCGGCGGCAACCGGUCAACAAGAACUCGUCGGUCUCGGCCUGUUUGAGCAGUCGCUCUCGUUUGAGCUUAUCGAUGCUCUCACGUCCCUCUUCUUCCAGACCAUCCACGCGGGGGCUCCCAUGCUUCACCAGGCGCGCUACACGGCGUCCCUGCGCCUCCCUCCGCACAUGCGGCCCCCCAUGUGUCUCCAGUAUAUCGUGCUGGCGUCCGCGGCAGCAACAUCGCCCGCCUACCGCCACCUGGCGGAGCCCUUCUACCAGCGGGCCCGCGUGUAUGCCGAUGCCGACGAGCUGAAGGGACAAGGCGAAGUCUUCGCCACGGUGGCCCACGUCCAGUCCUGGAGCCUCAUCUCGGCCUACGAAUGCCAUGUCUACGCCGCCUUCACCAAGGCGUCCACCAGUCUCUGCCGUGCUGUGCGCAUUGCCCAGAUGCUCAAGCUGCACCAGCUUGACGACCAAAAUGCACUGGUUCUGAGCCUUCCCCCGCCGAGAGACGCCAUCGAGGCCGAGGAGCGGCGUCGAACAUGGUGGGUCGUCUUCAUGGCCGACCGUUUUCUCACCUCCACCACGGGCUGGCCGUCCCUCAUCGACGAGCGACACAUCCGUACCAACCUUCCCUCCGCCGACCAACACUUCGCCGCCGGAGUCGACAACCCCCAUCCAACACGCCUAUCAGACGGCCUGCGCCGCCUGGAACAGGGCCAAGCGGACGAGCUGUCCCCCUUUUCCAUCCGCCUGCUCGCCGCCAACGAGCUGCUGCACGCCCUGGACCACACCGCAAAUCCCCCGGACCCGGACCCAGCGGCAAGCUUCCCCGGAAACAUAGUGGAAGUAGAAGACAGCUCCUACUGGCGCCGGCGCCGCGACAUUGACCGCAACUUGACCACCCUGACCCAUUUUCUCCCGGCCCAUCUCAACCCGUCGGCCAACCCGCGCAGCCUCGACGCCAUCCUCGUGCACAUCUGCAUCGGCAUGGCUGUUCUGCACCUCGGCCGCUGCUCCCCGGCGUCCCCCAUCACCACAACUUCACCCGCGGACUGGAAUCGUCGCCUCCUCCCAACAGCGCAGGCUAUCGUAGCCGUGUUCCGCGCCGCGAGCGCCGCGGGUUCUUUGCCCAAAGCCCUCCGCAACCCGCUGCUGCCGUUCGCCGCCUACAUGGCCGCGUCUGUGUUUCUGACGGAUUUCUGCACAAGUUCCGCCGGGGGCAGUCAAGAAAGUGAGACAAACCUGGCGUAUUUGGCUGAUACCCUCGUCGCAUACUCGGCAAGCGGCGGCGCCGUCGUCAGGGCUAAUGCCCUGCAGCUGGCGGAGGACUUGCAGCGGGUUGGGAGGGGUGAGUGGAUGGACCGGUUAAUACGGGAGAGCUCAGAGGGGUGGAUGAUGAGUGCGAAACUUGUCGUUGAGGAUGCUGGUACUGAAUCUGGGUCUGGUCGAAAAAGGCGCCCGAUGCUGUUCUGUCCGGCACUGAGCUCUGCGAGUGCGGGUAGCGGUGGAGAGGGGUUGAUGGGAGCAGCACCAGCAGGAGGAGGAAGUAGCGGGUUCGUUGGGGGUGGCUACCAGCAUGAAUCGCCGUGGAGUGGGACUCCUAGUGGCCCGUUGGUGUUGAAUCUGCCUGGCGCUGCUGGGCCGUCGGUGAUGCAGGCUGGUGAACCCGGCGGGCUUUUCUCGCAUCUCUCGGCUAUGGGAUCGCAGGGAUUUAUACCGUGA